AUGCCCUUAUUAAAACGAAUUGCCGAACUAUACGAGGAGCCUAGUAACGACCUCUUCCGGCGGGAAUUCAAUGGCUGGCAAAAUGCUCUCUUCUAUGCCAUGCCGAUUGUCUCGCUCUACUCUUUCUUCCCCAUCCAAGACCGUGUCCAUCGAUACGGAGAUCAAGCCAAGAGGCUCGGGCUGCUUUUUGUACAUGGAUCCAGCACGACUGAUUCCCCGAGCGAAGCGGGAGGCACAACUCCCACCGCAGACAACAAUCGUCCUCUCCGGCUCGCCCUCGCAGGGGUGCUCGAGCGAGAUGCUAGAAUAUGUAUCGUGAUGAGCACGGCCGGGCCGACCGAGUACACGCGCAUCGUGCCGCGCGCCGUGAUCAACCUGGAGAAGCGGGCGUUGGAUUCCAUUCUUCGCCUCACAGGCCGCUUCGUCGACAAAAACUUUCGGUCGUACGUCCGGACCACCAUUGAAAUUCUGCAGUCGCUAGGCGAUCGGCCGUGGAACUUCCUCACGCUGGGCAACGACAUCUGCGAGCUCUUCCGCCGCGGCAUGGUCGGCUUCAAGCCCUCACACGUGGCCGCCGAACGCGACAAGAACGGCCGGGUGACGACGUACCAGGCGGCCUUUUCCUUCCACUGGCUCGGGCGGAACUGUAUUGAGGGAGAUGACAUGGCGACGCCGGACGACCACAGCUUCGACGAGAUGCUGUCCCCGUGGGAGGGGUUCCCGGAUGCUCGAGUGGACGGCCUUACUUGCAACAUCAAUGCGUGUCGAGCCCACGACGGCAGGCUCAUAUAUCUCGCCUGCGACGGCAGGGACCAGGCCCAGAUGAUGCUGUCGAUGCUGGCGCUUCGCUGGAUCGCGGGUUCGGUUUGGUACUUGGCGGGCGCCUCGGGGCUGGCUCCCGGUGAAGUAACCGGGAGUGACGGUAGUAGCAGAUACGACAGUGGCGGCAGUGGUUAG